GAUUCCUUUGUCAUCUCCAGCAUUUGUCAAAGCCCUCGUCAAAGCCCGUCCACGCUGCCAAGACAUUACAUUCCGAGCUCUGACCCUAUCGCAAGCCCUCGUACACAGUCGAAUCGCAAUCCAGUUCUCUUCGCCUCGGUCUGCCAUCCCGCUCGUCCGCUCUCAACGAUACCAUGUCUCCGGCACCUCAGACCUCCCGAAUCGUGGUGGUGACGCACUUGUUGCCACACACUUGCUACCUCUCCAGCAACGAAUCGCUCGGGCCAUACCAUCGCACAUCGUCCACGACCCAAAAGUCCGGUCUUCCUGCCGAUUUCGCCCACGGCUCUCCUCCGAAAUCCGCUGAGCUCAAUGGCCUCCUCGACGGCUCCGGAGCGCCCAACUCGUCCGAUCGCAAAUGGAGAUACGGCCAACGUCGCGGCCACACGGCUCUGUUCUCGGCCAUCGGUUCCCUGAGCGAAGACCAUGACGUCGUCACCAUCGGCGGCACCGGCCUGUGCUUCGACGAGCACCAGGAGCCCCUUCGACCCUCGGACCUUCCCGCCGAUCUCCUCGACGCUCUCUCGGAGGAGAUGCUGCUGUCCAAGAAGUGUAUACCCGUGUUCUUGAACGACAAGGAGAGCCAGGGCCACUAUGAGGGCUACUGCAAGACGAACUUGUGGCCGCUCUUUCACUACCUGCUCCGCGAUUCCGCCACCGACGGCACCAAGGAGAAGGACGACUUCAAGCACUACGAAAGCGUCAACCAAAAGUACGCCGAUGCUCUGCUCAAGGCCUAUCAGCCGGGCGAUCUGAUUCUCGUCCAGGACUACCACUUGUUGCUGGUUCCCUCCAUGAUCCGCAAGGCUCUGCCGCACGCCGCCAUCGUGUUUUUCUUCCACGCUCCCUUCCCAAGCUCGGAGAUCUUCAGAUGCCUUCCUAGACGCCAGGAGAUCCUUUCCGGUGUGCUCGGCGCCAACCUCGUUGGCUUCCAAACCUACUCCUACGCCCGCCACUUCAUCAGCAGCUGUACCCGUGUCUUGGGUCUUGAGUCCACCCAGCGCGGCGUUGAGUUCAACGGAGCCCAGGUCCACAUCGGCGUCUUCCCCAUCGGCAUCGACUCCAACCGUGUCCUGGCCCGCCGAAACACCCAGCGCGUCAACGAAAAGAUCGCCACCAUCCGCGAGCUCUAUGCCGACAAGAUCAUAAUCUUUGGCCGCGACAAGCUCGACACUGUCAGCGAUAUCCACAAUAAGCUCAAUGCCUUUGAGAAGUUCCUGACGCUCUAUCCCGAGUGGGAAAACAAGGUUGUGCUCAUCCAGGUCACGUCCCCAGCGCACAAGGACGGCCACAAGAUCGAGGCCAAAAUCUCGGAAGCAGUUGCCCGCAUCAACGGCAACUUUGGGUCGCUCGAGUUCGCUCCCGUGCACCACCAUAUGCAGCACCUCGACCAGGACGACUACUACGCCUUGCUCAGCGUAGCUGAUGUCGGUUUGAUUACCUCUCUGCGAGAUGGUGUGAACACAACCUCGCACGAGUUUGUGCUCUGCCAAAGCGAGAAGCACAGCCCGCUCAUUCUCAGCGAGUUCACCGGAACGGCUGGGUCUCUGAGCUCAGCGAUCCUGGUCAACCCAUACGACUAUACCGGUGUCGCCAGUGCCCUCAACGAUGCCCUGACCAUGUCCCAGGAUGAGAGAGAAACCAAGUACCAGCAACUCGCCGAGCACGUCAAUCGCAAUACCGCCAAGUACUGGGCGCAGUCGCUUGUCUCCGAGGCCGAAAAGAUCAUUAAGCUUCCGUCCCAAGCACUCCCGACGCCUUUCCUGGACUUUGACAGGGCGAUCGAGUCCUAUCGGAGUUCUACCAAGCGGCUGCUCAUGUUCGACUAUGAUGGCACCCUCACCCCAAUCGUCAAGCUCCCCAAGGAUGCGCUCCCGCCACCGGCAAUGCUCAAGGCCAUGGAGGUCAUCGUGAGCGACCCCAAGAACUACUGCUUUGUUAUCUCUGGCCGUGACCAAGCGUUUUUGGAGGAGCAUCUCGGCCACUUGAAGGGGUUGGGUUUCAGCGCUGAGCAUGGCAGCUUCGUGCGCUUCCCAUUUACCAAAGAAUGGAAGAACAUGACCGAGAACCAGGACCUGUCGUGGAAGAAGCAGGUCACCGAGAUCUUUGACUAUUACACCGAACGCACCCAAGGAACCUUUGUCGAGCACAAAAAGAGCUCCAUCACCUGGCACUAUCGGCUUGCCGACCCUGACUACGGUAUCUUCCAAGCCAAGGAGUGCCAAAACCAUCUGGAGAACUCGGUCCUCCGCCAGCUCCCCGUUGAGAUCCUGGUUGGCAAGAAAAACCUGGAGGUUCGCCCCGUGUCCGUCAACAAGGGCGAGAUCGUCAAGAAGCUUCUGUCUAUUCGCGAUGGAUCCGAGUUUGUGAUCUGCGCCGGCGACGAUCGCACCGACGAAGACAUGUUCACUGCCCUCCGUCAACCCCACCUCGACCAAUCCCACAUCUACUCGACAACCGUGGGUCCCUCCACCAAGAAGACGAUGGCGUCGUGGCACGUCCCGGACCCUGCCACCCUGAUCGAGCUCAUGGAGCACUUUGCCGAGGAGAGCCGCAAGGACAUGGCCCCGCAGCCCGACCAGUGAGGGCGUUGCACCGCAGCCACGAUUGCCUCGGCAGUGUCAAUAGCCUUCAAUGCAUAGUCUGUAGAUCAGGGCGAGCUCACAUGCGCCGCAACUUUUGUCGCUCGGACAGGUCCUGGAGUCCCUUCUUCCCCCUCCCCAAGUUCUCCUUCAUUCCCCCGCUUUGUU